AUGCUCAAUAUGUCCUGGCACCUGUUUUUGUAUUCGGUGUUGCUCCUUUUUGUGCUGUUGAUAUGCUUUGCCAGUACGGCUGUGCACGCCGAGAAGAGAAGUACGCCAAAAGACGUGCAAAUACCAGAGGUUGUUGAUGUUUUUGUGCCGCAUCGAACGAUUGUGGAAACACAAGGUGAAAAUCAAAAGAGGGAUUAUUUUGUGUUCCCUUCCCUCGCCAGUGCUGGUGGAGUGUUGGUUGCACUUGCCGAGGGUCACAGCUUCUUAUACUCCCUUAAACAAACUUCGGUCAUUUUUGCUGAUGUUGUGGCGGGGUACAUUGACUCUGCAGAAAGCUGGUCGCCUUUUGUGGCAGAGGUCCGUGCAAACGAAUGGAUGGCGUACAGCAUCGUUAACACGACUAAGGGGCUCUAUCAUCCUUUUCCAGUGAUACGCACGUUCCGACCCACAACAAUUGCAAAGGGCAACAAGGUCUUUCUACUUGCAGGAGGCCAUUAUAGGAAGUUCGUUCCUUCAUUGAAGAAGUGGAUUUCACCUUUCCAAGGUUUUGAUUUGCUCGUGGGUGAGGCCACGCAAGAUAAAGUCAUUCAAUGGGGCGAACCCACCUCGCUUUUGCCACAGAUCGAACCAUUUGCUAAACGACGUGGUCUGGACAAGUUUGGUGGUGGUGGUGGCUCAGGCGUUGUGAUGGAGGAUGGCACGCUUGUGUUUCCUGUGACGACGAGGAGGACACGAGAAAACGAAUUUGUGUCCAUGAUCAUUUAUUCGAAGGACGACGGCAAAAAUUGGACAUUUCCACAGGGGAUGCUCCCUGCGGGGUGCACUGAACCCCUCAUCAUCGAAUGGGAGCAGGGGCAGCUUGUCAUGGUUGUCAAAUGUAAUUCGCUCUCCAAGGUGUUCGAGUCGAGGGACAUGGGGGCAACGUGGAGGGAGGCUGUCAGGACACUGACACGCGUGCAGCCCAUGUUGUUACCAGACUCUUUGCGAACAGCUGAGAGAGUGGGGUCCCUCACCACUGCGACCAUUGCUGGAAAGAAGGUCAUGCUGUACACUCAGAAAGGGAUUCCCCCUGGGGCCAUGGGGCGAGCCACCGCGCUCUACCUUUGGGUCACUGACAACAACCGCACGUUUCACGUCGGGCCCAUUUCCAUGGACACUGCGGGGAAGCGGACGUCUAACAACACCCUGCUGCACUCGAAAGAUGCGUUGUACUUUUUACAAGAGAGGGGUAGGUACAUGGAAAGCAGCGUGUCUCUUGCUCCCCUAACAGAGCAGCUGAAGACGAUCACGUCCGUCUUGAACACUUGGGCAAAAAUGGACUCCUUCCUCUCCAACUCGUCGGUGCCCACGGCCGGUCUGGUUGGAUUCUUGUCGGAUGCAUCGGGUGAAGGAACGUGGAACGACGCGUACCGUUGCGUGAAUGCAACUGUGACGAAUGCAACGAAGGUCGAAAAUGGCUUUAAUUUCACGGGGUCCGAAUCAUACGCCACGUGGCCGGUGAACAUGUGGAAGUAUCGCAAUGUGCACAGCUUUGUGGAUUACGCGUUCACGCUUGUGGCGACGGUGACGAUUCAUAAGGUUACGAAAGAGAGCGUUCCUCUGCUGGGCGCGGCCCUGGAGGACAGGUGA